CCCAAACAAAGGCAGCAUCCGGGCUCGGCGGGAGGCAGAGCAUCAUGAGAGACUGGGUCCUCGCUGUCCCCGGCUCCGCUGCUGCUGCCGCCGCCGCCGCCGCCGCCAGGAGGGCUUCGCUGUGAGCUUGGAAAGCAGGGGCGCAGCUGCGGGGCGUGAAUCCGAAAGGUGAGAGCGAGAGCCAGCGAGCCGAGGGGGCGGGCAGGCCACGAAAAUGUCCUCAGCCGUGGGGCCCCGCGGUCCUCGCCCACCCACGGUGCCUCCCCCUAUGCAAGAACUGCCCGACCUGAGCCACCUGACCGAGGAAGAGAGGAACAUUAUCAUGGCAGUGAUGGACCGGCAGAAGGAAGAGGAGGAAAAAGAAGAGGCCAUGCUCAAGUGUGUUGUCAGGGACAUGGCGAAGCCUGCUGCCUGCAAAACACCAAGGAAUGCUGAAAGCCAGCCCCAUCAGCCACCACUGAACAUUUUCAGAUGUGUCUGUGUUCCCAGAAAGCCAAGCAGCGAAGAGGGAGGCCCAGAAAGAAACUGGAGAUUGCAUCAACAGUUUGAAAGCUAUAAGGAACAAGUGAGAAAAAUCGGAGAGGAAGCACGGCGGUACCAGGGCGAGCACAAAGAUGAUGCCCCGACGUGUGGAAUCUGUCAUAAGACCAAGUUCGCGGACGGAUGUGGCCAUCUUUGCUCCUAUUGUCGCACCAAGUUCUGUGCACGCUGUGGAGGCCGUGUGUCUCUGCGCUCGAACAAUGAGGACAAAGUGGUUAUGUGGGUAUGCAAUUUAUGUCGAAAGCAACAAGAGAUCUUAACCAAAUCUGGAGCAUGGUUCUUUGGAAGUGGCCCUCAGCAGCCCAGUCAGGACGGGACUCUGAGUGACACGGCCACAGGUGCUGGAUCCGAGGUGCCCAGAGAAAAGAAAGCGCGACUCCAAGAGCGAUCAAGGUCUCAGACGCCUUUGAGUACGGCAGCUGCCUCUUCCCAGGACACUGCCUCCCCUGGUGCACAAGUGGACAGGAGUAAAGGGGUGGAGCCCUCACAGCCAGUCGUGGGGCCUGACCAGAAGCAGACAUCAAGGUCUAGAAGUGAGCCACCAAGGGAAAGGUAA